GUUUGUUUUGAUCCGAAGCAUUCUCGCACGCGUCAUUAUCCAAUAUGGAAAUAUUGUUGUACUCCUCUGUCUAGUGCAAUAUUUCGGUGUUUGCCGGUCAGAAAAAUAAAUCCGUCCAAUAGCUUUUGAGAAAUUCAUUACACAAACGUGCCGGUGGUAGCGAAUUGGAUUGUGACACAAAACUGCGUUUAAUAGUUGGAUAUGAUACUCUCCGAAGAAACCAGCUGCUAGAGGUUUGAUAAUUAGCUUCUAGCAGAGAAUGGCCAAAACUAAUUGUGAAAAGAGGGAAACAUUUCGGGAACGGCAGGAAGCCGAAUUGGAAGCAAUCCGUUCCAUCUAUGAAAGCCAAGUGGAAGAUUUACGUGAACCAGGAAAGUGGCAACCGCUCAAGGUCCGGCUAAGACUUACCCCCCAGAAAGGUUCCAUCAAGCAGGCCUACGUGAAAACUGAUCUCGUAAUCACAUGUCCCAAAAACUAUCCGAAAUAUCCACCAAAACUUGAGCUGGCCAAUAGUGUCGGCUUGUCCGAUGGGCUGAAGAAUGAACUGUUGAAACUGUUGGAAGAGCACACCGCAGAAUUCAGGGGGGCAGAAAUGAUAUACGACUUGGCGAAUAAAGUGGAAGUAUUUCUUCAUGAGCAUAACGUUCCACCGAAGGGUAGCUUUUACGAUGAAAUGAUAGCCGACAAGCGAAAACGUGCCAUGGAUCGGCAAAACACACUCAAAGCCGAGGAAGAGCAGCGCAGACAAGUUAUUCAGGAUGAGUUGCAGAAACGAAAACAGCAGCUGGAGAAAACAAGAAGAGAGUCGAGGCACAGCGUGAAUGAGGUGAGUCCGUUUCAUCGAAACACAAGCUCAUCGGAGAAUAGCGAGGGAUACUACCCUUGUUCUGAGCAUAGGAGAAGCGAGACGCUGUUUUUCUCCAACGGAAGAAAGAUUGUCAAAGGAUGCUGCCUAGGGCACUCACAACGUGGUUGUAUUACUUAUUCAGGUAUUGAUGUUCAAACAGGCCAAUUGGUAUAUCUGACCGAGUGGAAUAUUAAUUUGGAUGAAGACGGAAAAUCAUCGCAUGGCCAAACAGUCGAUGAGAUUGUGAAAGGCAUUGAAAAGUUAGAAGCUUGCCUGAUAACUCUCAAGCAUAGAAAUCUGAUUUCGUACGAUGGAGUCCUUUGCAAGGUUGAACAUGAUGGGAUUGAUAUCUUCGUGGUACAGGAUUUUAUUCUAGGAACGAGCCUUUUCACAAUUUCUGGGACACUAGGUUGGUCACCGGAGGGUAUCAGUAUGGUUGCAAAAGGAAUACUGGAAGCGUUGAUUUAUCUCCACAAUAAUGGAAUUUCCCAUGACGAUUUGUCCGAUACAACCGUUUUCAUGGACAACUCGGGUUGCAUAAGGGUUGCAGAUUUUAAGCUUAUUCCACACAUCCAGGAACUUAUCAACGGCCCAACAUGCGUCCGAAGUGAUUUACCCGCGCUAGGUGCCCUCAUCGAACCUCUAUUUAGCGCUCACUCUGAAAUGAAGGAUUUUAUCGAUUGUUGCAAAUCCGAACGGACAAUUUCGGCAUCUGAUCUACUGGAGCAUCCUUUUUUGCGUCCAUUUACAUCUCUGGAUGUUCCCAGGAAUAUUCACAAAGCUGCCCCAAACGGUCAACAACGCAAGCCAAUCACUGACCAAUCGCUUGUGGAACGAUCGCAGCAUUCUAUUCCAACUUACAUGAACACCUCGUCAUCCGGUGAGAAAUCCAGACUUCAGAAAGAGUUUGAUCUCAUCUGUCACAUUGGCAAGGGGGCCUUCGGUGAUGUGCUGAAAGUGCGCAAUAUCCUCGACAAUCGUCAGUAUGCCAUCAAGAGAAUACCGCUGCCGGCGCGGAGUAAAGCAUUCCGCAAGAAGAUGAUUCGCGAGGUGGAGGUGCUCUCUCGGUUGAAUCAUGAGAACGUCGUUCGUUACUACAACAGUUGGGUGGACACGCUGGGUCCCGGAGAGGCGGAACAAUUUUUGGCGGAUGCAACCGGGGAGUGGUCCAUCAGUACCGAGAGUGCACGGAAUAAAAUUUCGCCAAAGGUGCUCAAGAAGAAUAGUGAGAAGAAAUCCGACUGGGGACUGAAUUGUAUGGUGAUGGAUUCGAGCAGCGAGGAGGAUGAGGAGAAUGAUGACGAGUAUGAAGAAGCGUCUGAUGGUAUAGAGUUCGCUAAUUCAAACGGAGAGAUCGCAGACUACGCAAGUUUCAGCGAGGGAGUAACUGAAGAGAAAGAGAAGAGGAAAAGUGGCGGAGCAUCGCCACCUCAUCCGGAUAUGUUUAUAUACAUUCAGAUGGAGUUUUGCGAAAAGAGUACACUCAGGAGCGCUAUCGACUCCGGGCUCUACGAAGAUAUGGACCGAGUAUGGCGCCUGUUCAGGGAGAUUGCGGAAGGUCUGAGUCACAUCCACCAGCAGGGUAUUAUACAUCGCGAUCUCAAACCGGUGAACAUUUUUCUUGACUCGCGCGAUCAAGUGAAAAUAGGAGAUUUUGGUCUCGCUACCACCAAUGUUCUAGUGGUACAAAACCCACAGCCAGAACGCUUCACCCAAAGCCAACAAAUGAAAUCGUUGGACAUCGGCAAUUCUCAGACUGGGAAAGUCGGAACCGCACUGUACGUAGCCCCCGAGCUAGCCGGGAAUGCAUCGAGAUCGGCGUACACCCGGAAGGUAGAUAUGUACUCGCUGGGGAUAAUCCUGUUCGAAAUGUCGGUCCCUCUGGCGACCAUGAUGGAACGAGUACAAACGUUAAUGAAUCUGCGCUCGGAACAGAUAGUAUUUCCCGCUGAUGUGCUAUCGAACAAAGACCUCUCACGGCAUGUGCAGGCGAUUCGUUGGUUACUGAACCAUGAUCACGCCAAAAGACCAACCACCGAAGAGUUACUUUCGUCCGAUCUUAUUCCACGCAUCCGCAUGGAAGCGGAAGAAAUUCAGGACGUGAUCCGACAGGUUCUGGCAAAUCCCCAGUCGAAAGAUUACAAACAUUUGAUUGCUCGCUGUUUCAGCCAGGAAAGCGACACAAUCUUCGAGCACAGUUACCACCUGGGUAUGGUUCCCAUGAUUCCACGGUUUGACUAUGUCAAGUCCAAAAUAAUCGAGCUGUUUCGAAAACACGGAGCGAUAGAAGUUGUAACGCCACUGUUGACUCCAUUCACUGCAUCCACCGGUCAUGAAAAUUGCGUUAAGCUAAUGACACACUCCGGCAGCAUUGUUGCUCUUCCGAAUGAUCUUCGUAUUCCCUUCCUUCGACACGUCGCACUCAAUGGGGUUAAAUUUAUCCGCCGAUAUUCGAUUGGGCGAGUAUAUCGGGAGAAACAGGUCUUUAAUUUUCACCCGAAACAAGUGUAUGAAUGUGCAUUUGACAUCGUUACACCGAUCCGAGGUAACCUGAUCGUAGAUGCGGAGUUGAUUUCGGUCGCGGAUGAAAUUAUGCGCGAAUUGGAACUACUGAAGCAACAGCGGAGAGUGUUUUUCCGGAUAAAUCACAUAAGUUUGCUCCGUUCAAUUUUGCUGCAUUGUAACGUUCCUGAAGAGAAAUACAGAGAGCUGUUUGAAAUUGUGCAUAGCUGCCUGGACGACAAUAUCGCCAAAUACCAGAUGAAAUCUUUGAUUAUCAGUCAGAUCACCCAGCCGGGGGUUAAAAUCCACACCGGACCGCUGUACGAUAUGUUACAGAUUGAGUGCCCUGUGACUCAGGUCAGUUCAGGACUGCGUGGACUGCUCAAAGGAAAGGGUGAAACCGCUGUUAUGGCUAAGGUUGCACUUCGAGAGCUGGAAACGGUUGUCUCACUCGCCCAAAGCUUGGGAAUCCAGUGUCCGAUCACCGUCUGUCCGGGACUGCCGAUAAAUUACGAACGAGCGAAAAGCGGAGGAAUUGUUUGGCAACUAGUUGGUGAACUCAAGUCCAAACGGAAAAAUCCGUUGACCACUAUUGCCGUGGGUGGGCGCUAUGACGCCAAAUUGACUGAAAUUCAAAAAUCUGGUAUCAGCAGUGGUUUGCACGUCCCAAAGGUAGAACUUAGCGGGGCUGGCUUCAGCUUUCAUCUCGACAAACUAGUUCACGCAAUCGGAUCAACCGCUGCGAGGUGUGAGCCGAUGCAAGUAAUGGUCUACGUUCCAGGCUCGAGACCCCCACUGAAGGACGUUGUUCAAAUUUUGCGCUCCCUGUGGUCCAAUGGUAUUAAAACGGGAAUACUGGAAGGUGGUAUAUCGGUCGAAGAGUCUGCGAAGGAAGUCGGCGCGAGCAUAGUGGUCAUCCUUGGUGAGGGCGGUGAACUCCAUGUUCGUACUUGGAGUGACGAUCUCUUCCAGGAGGAGCCCGUUCCACGUCCUGAGCUAACGAAUUAUAUUCUCAAAAUGAUUCACCGACCUGAGUCUUCGGUUUCUGAUUCUGCAAGUACAGUAAUGAACACUUCGCUCACUAACUUAUCCACUUCGCUGCUCAAUCAAUCCCAGAACAGUCCCAAGGCAUCUGUUGAUUUCAUUUUUCUCACGGCGGAAAAGAUAGCUACACACAAAAAACGUCGCUUCGAAAGCCAGGUUGAACACAAACUUUCGCCGCUACUGUCGAAGUUUCAAAAGAAGGAAACGGUCUACCUAAUUAUGGUCGACCUGCCGAGAGCACCGCUGCGCGGAUUUAUCGGGCUGAUGGAUCCCAUGGAGUGCGCUAACGGUAGCAAAUCUCCAUCUUAUUCAGUGGAGAUGAAGGCACUCGGUGAACAGUUUCCCAAGUAUAAGAAACACAUGAACGAAAUUUACGGUGAAAUUAUGGAUAUUUUUGGUGAAAAGUCGCUGCCGGUGGUGGGCAUCUACAGUGUGCUCGAUUCAUUCUGUCGGCUGAUAUUGUAGCACAAAUCAAAGAUGUUCAACAGAAGCAUGAAUGUAAUCCAAUUACAAUUAUACGCUUAACGCAUUGUGUCAAUGUUUAACCUAUGUAUUAUGGAAAAUGUUCGAACGUGUCGUCAAAGUUUUAAACUUUCUUUGCAGUUAUUAGUGGAUGGAGAAUAAAUUGUUUUAUAAGUUUUA